CUACAAUUUUAUGAAUCUAUAAAUCAGCAUCCUCUUUUUACUCCCUCAUUUGUGUUCUGACCCUUCAUUACUCCUUUCACUUUCGCAAGAACAACAGCCAAAAAGCAAACGGAGAAGACACUCUCACUGAAAAUCCACCAUAUUGAGCCAACCCUUUCCAUCUCAUCACCCCAUAGUCUCUCUCUUUGAAACAUUCUUGCUGAUCUCUAUCUCUCUCUGGCGGCAUUGUUUUGCCAAUGGUGAAGAGUGAGCCAGAGUCAUCCAUGCCAUCAGCCAGUGCAUUGAGAAAGAAGUACAAGGGAGUGAGGAUGAGAAGCUGGGGCUCAUGGGUCUCGGAGAUAAGAGCACCAAACCAGAAGACGAGGAUUUGGUUGGGCUCUUAUUCCACUGCUGAGGCAGCAGCUAGAGCCUAUGACGCUGCUCUCCUCUGCAUCAAGGGCUCUUCAGCCACUUUCAACUUCCCUCUCUCCUCCUCACACCACCAUGUCCCUCCCAAUGCCUCCAUGUCCCCCAAGUCCAUCCAGCGAGUCGCCGCGGCGGCGGCAGCAAAUGGCAGUGGUGCUGAUAAUAAUGUCAUCGUCACCACUGCCGCCACAUCUGCUGCCACCCCUCCCUCAUUUGUCUCGUCCCCAUCUUUGUGUUCCUCGCCGUCGGAUCAACUAGACGACGAAGUGUCGCUUGCGCAAUGUGUCGGGGCGUACACUCCUAGCGAAUCGAUGGAUAUGAUGGAUUUUUGGUGUAAUUUCGAUACCCUCCAAUCACCGAAGUACGUGGAUCAAGUAAUGUACAAUAACAUCGCCGCGGCGUCAUUUGAUCCUCCUACGGUCGAGGAGCUUUUAGAAGAAGCUGAAGAUAUCCGGCUAUGGAGCUUCUGUUGAUAUAUUCCUUUUACCAUUCAUAGUAAAUCUCUUCAUUAUUCCAAAGGGGAAAUUCCUGAUGAUAUUGACCAAAAUAAUAUGUUAUGUAAGGGUAAUUGAGGGUUUAGCUAGCUAGGUGGCGAAGCCCACAUGGGGAGAGACAUCUUUUUGGACUCCCUCAUGUGAGUAUCUCUAGAUUGUAUUCAUUUUUUUAUGUAUCAUUUUCUGCCAAGAGUGUGUCUUACGCUAUGCCAUAUAUUCAUCAUCUAAGAAUGUAAUAAGGAAGUGAUAAAUGUAAUAUAUCGUUGCGUA